AUGAAUUUUCUUGGCAUUCCUGUAGGCUGCAAUCAAAGAACUCAAGCUGUUUGGAAAUCGGUAAUUAAUAAGCUGAAGAGUCGUUUAUCGGUUUGGUCAGGUCGUUAUUUAUCAAUGGGGGCCAGAGUUACAUUGAUAAAUGUAGUUCUGAAUUCAAUACCAAUUUAUCUCCUUUCCUUUUAUAAAGUCCCAGAGGUUGUUUUGAAGGUGUUGGUUAGAAUACAACAGGAGCUUUUUUGGAACGGAGGUAUGGAGAAGAGAAGUAUUUCCUGGACUAAAUGGCAGGACGUUUGUCGUCGUAAGGAGGAGGGUGAGUUGGGUAUCAGAUGCGUAAAGUCCAUCAAUGAAGCAAUGCUAGGAAAAUGGAGGUGGAGAUUUAUGGAGGAUAGGGAGGCGCUCUGGCGGCCUUUGCUGGAAUUUCGAUAUGGUCCAUUGGAAAAGUGUGUACUAACAAGUACUCUGCCCAGAAUGGCGGGAUGGUCAUCGUUAUGGUGGAGAGACGUGAUUCCUCAAAUUGCAAAUAACUUUAAGUCAGAUUGGUUCUUGAAAGGAUUAGUUGCAAGAUUGGGUGAUGGGAAUAGGAUAUAUUUUUGGAAAACAAAGUGGUUAGGAUGGGUGUCGUUUGCGGAUGCUUUUACGGAUCUCUUCAAUAUGGCAGCUGAUCAGAAUGCAAUGAAAUGGGAUUUUAUAGAGACUCUACGUGGUGUUGGGAUUUAA